GUGAACUGCUGUCUGCUGCAACUUUUUGCGCUGCCCCUCACCAUGACGAUCUUCAUUGCGUCUCUAUUCCUUCCCUACACUGUCAACUUCCCUGUUGACGAGAGUCAUUCACGCUCGGCCAGUCCCAGAACGUUAAGAGCAACCCCCGGGGCGGCCGCCCCCCCCGCUACGACAACGACAACAACGGCGACGACGACGACGACGACGGCCGCCAAUGCAGCGGUCAGCUUAUUUGAACGGCAGACGGAGGAGAAGAAGGUCGGGCUCACUCCAGGGGCGACCACGGAGGAUGAACGGAUCUUCGCACCUGAGCUCGCCAAGACGACAAAUAAGGAGGCCUUGACGGACCAGUUCCCUCCGAUCGCAGACAGGCUGCAUCCGCUCACGGAGAGCGAGAGCCACUCUCCAACCUGGGGGUCGGCCGGCAGCUUCCGCCAGCCCAAACUCAAGGCGAUAGCACAGCCGUCGCCCUCGAUUCUGAAACACGCAGAGGCCCCUUCGACGGUGGUCCCGCGGGAGGUGCCGCGCCCGGUAGCCUUUCAUGCGAUACCCCCGCGCGAGGUGUUCUCGCGCGGUAGUAUGGCGUCCUUCUCUCGAGGAGACUGGACCGUGGAGCCGGCAGAGCAAGGCAAUGGCGGGCUGCGGAACGCGGUGCGGUCGGCGAACGACGCGGGGUAUCUGCAAGACAAGCUGUGGGUGGGAACGUUGGGGAUGCCGACGGACGUGCUGUCCCAGACCACGCGGGAUGACAUCUCGGAGAAGCUAGAGGAUGAGUACAAGUCCCUGACGGUGUAUGUGAGCGACAGCGACUUUGACGGGCACUACACACACUUCUGCAAGACGAUCCUGUGGCCCGUCUUUCACUACCAGAUCCCCGACAACCCCAAGAGCAAGGCGUAUGAGGACCACUCGUGGGUCUACUACGUCAAAGUCAACCAGGCGUUUGCCGAACGGAUCGCCAAAAACUGGCGGCACGGUGACUCCGUCUGGGUGCAGGACUACCAUCUGUUGCUGGUGCCCGCGAUGCUGCGCAAGCUGCUCCCGGAUGCCCAGAUCGGAUUCUUCCUACACAUCGCGUUUCCAUCGUCCGAGGUGUUCCGCUGUCUGGCACCGCGCAAGGAGCUCCUCGAGGGCAUUCUCGGCGCCAAUCUCGUCGGCUUCCAGACGGACGAGUACUGCCGCCAUUUCCUGCAGACCUGCAGCCGGAUCCUGUGCGUCGAGGCCACCAACGAGGGCAUCCAGCUCGAGGACCGGUUCGUGAACGUGGGCAAAUUCCCCAUCGGCAUCGAUCCGACCUCGUGGGACAGACGCCGCGAGGCGGCGGAUGUCGAGCACUGGAUCCAGACCAUCUCCGAGCGGUACGCGGGCAAGCGGCUCAUCGUGUCGCGGGACAAGAUUGACGGGGUCCGCGGCAUCCGGCAGAAGCUGCUCAGCUACGAGCUGUUCCUCAACACCUACCCGGAGUGGCGGAACCAGGUGGUGCUGAUCCAGGUGGCGACGUCGACGACCGAGCAGCCGGAGCUGGAAGCCACCAUCUCGGACAUUGCGAUGCGGAUCAACUCGUGCCACUCGACACUGGCGCACCAGCCCCUCGUCUUUCUCAAGCAGGACCUCGCGUUUCCGCAAUACCUGGCGCUGAUCACCGUCGCCGACGCGCUGAUGGUCACCAGCCUGCGCGAAGGGAUGAACCUCACGAGUCACGAGUUCGUGUACUGCCAGGAUGGGAAAUUCGGGGACAAGGCGUACGGCUCGCUGAUCCUCAGCGAAUUUACGGGAAGCGCGUCCAUCUUCAAGGACGCCGCGCUGCUGGUCAACCCGUGGGACUACCGGCAGUGCGCCGAGGCCAUCCACACGGCGCUGGCGCGCAGUCAGACGGAACGGCAGCAGGUGUGGGAGCGGCUGCACGCGGCCGUCCUGCAGAACUCGACGGGAAACUGGGUCAAGUCGUUUUCCGAGACGCUGGCGACGGUCUGGCACGAGCAGUCGGCACGCGAGGCCCUAGCGGUACCCCGGCUGGACGUGGACGCCCUCGUCUCGCGGUACCAGCAAGCGCAGCGGCGUCGGCUCCUGAUCGUCGACUACGAAGGGACGCUGGCGUCGUGGGGGUCGCCGCGGAGCAUCAUCCUGACCACGCCGCAGCGGGCCAUCACCACGCUGACGGAGCUGGCCGAGGACCCGCGCAACAUUGUGUACGUGAUGAGCGCCCGCAUGCCCGAGGAGAUGGAGCGUCUGUUCCGCCGCGUGGCGGGACUAGGGCUCAUCGCCGAGAACGGGUGCUUCGUGCGCGAACCCCAUGCGGAGACCUGGCAGAACCUGACCGACCAGGCACACACGCAGGACUGGAUGACCAGCGUGGAUACGAUUCUCGCGUACUACCAGGAACGUGCCGAGGGCAGCUGGGUGGAGCGGCGUCACUGCUCGCUGGUCUUCCACUACGGGUCCGCCGAGGACCGCACCACGGCGUCCCGGCUUGCCUCGGAAUGCGCGGGCCACAUCAACGAUGCCUGUCUGAGCAUGGGCAUCCACGCGCUGCCGGUCGAGGGUGCUCUGAUUGUUGAACCGAUCAGCACGACCAAGGCCUCUGCUGCCGAAUUGGUCUGGCAGUACUGUCUGAACAGCAAUGGAAAUGAAACCCCGUCGCCCGACUUCCUCUUGGCCAUUGGAGAUACCCGCGACGACGAGCCCGUCUUCCGCUGGGCGAACAAGCUCGAGAGCUCCCAUGCGGUCGAGUACGCCAUGACGGUCACGCUGGGGUCGCGCAGUACAGAGGCCAAAGCGACUCUUACGCAAGGAGUGACUGGUGUUCUUUCUUGUCUGCAGAAGCUUGCUACGAGUACAUAAUCUGGUUAGAGGGCCCGGUAUGCGUUGAGUGACGGGAGUGUUAUAGAUGCAUCGACACUUAACACUGUCUAUAGUAUCAGAUUAUUACUUAUUAGAUUAUAUAUUGGUAGAUAGAAAUCAUAUAAAUCAUUACGCUCA